UUCUUUUUUUUCUUUUCUUUAUACCUAUCUAUCUCGCGCAAUAAAGCGCGACGCCACCCAGCGAUCUAGGCCGCCGCCUCCUCCUACUGCUCCAUCUCCCUCGCUCUCGCCGCCUCGUUCGCUUCGCCUCCGCUCCGCUCCCCUCCGCCCCCCGAGCCGAGCCGAGCAGAGCGCAGCCCGAUCCGGAGGUGGGGAUGGCGGACGCGAAGCAGCAGCCCCAGCAGACGGCGGCGGCGGCCGCGGCCACCACCGGCGUCUGGAAGACGGUCAAGCCCUUCGUUAACGGCGGGGCCUCCGGGAUGCUCGCCACCUGCGUCAUCCAGCCUAUCGACAUGGUCAAGGUGAGGAUCCAGUUGGGUGAGGGCUCUGCUGGUCAGGUCACAAGGAACAUGCUUGCAAAUGAGGGUGUCCGUUCCUUCUACAAGGGUUUGUCUGCCGGUUUGCUAAGGCAAGCGACGUACACGACUGCUCGUCUUGGAUCAUUCAGGGUUCUAACUAACAAAGCAGUUGAAAAGAAUGAAGGGAAGCCGUUGCCUCUAAUUCAGAAAGCUUUUAUUGGUCUGACUGCUGGAGCAAUUGGUGCUUGUGUUGGUAGUCCUGCUGAUUUGGCACUCAUUAGAAUGCAAGCUGAUUCGACCCUGCCAGCUGCACAACGGCGCAACUAUAAGAAUGCUUUUCAUGCACUCUACCGUAUCACUGCUGAUGAGGGAGUCCUUGCGCUUUGGAAGGGUGCAGGUCCAACUGUUGUGAGAGCUAUGGCACUCAAUAUGGGUAUGCUUGCUUCCUAUGACCAGAGUGUCGAGCUAUUUAGGGACAAACUUGGUGCAGGAGAAAUUUCUACUGUUGUUGGAGCCAGUGCUAUUUCUGGAUUCUUCGCCUCAGCUUGCAGUUUGCCCUUUGACUAUGUGAAGACACAGAUUCAGAAGAUGCAACCUGAUGCGAAUGGCAAGUACCCAUACACAGGGUCUUUGGACUGUGCCAUGAAGACCUUCAAGAGCGGUGGUCCAUUCAAGUUCUACACUGGUUUCCCAGUGUACUGUGUCAGGAUUGCACCCCAUGUCAUGAUGACCUGGAUAUUCUUGAAUCAGAUCCAGAAGCUUGAGAAGAAGAUUGGCAUAUAGGAUUGCCAACCGACCAAUACAGGGUUGACCGCUCUAUGCUGUUAUGGCUUGACUCCUAUAAUAACGUUCCAGCUGCUUUUGCACCAUGGUAGAUGGUUUUGGUAGAGACAAGUCUGGUACAAUUUUUACCUUAGCUUACUUGCCAAUUGUUAUGUUGCAAUAAUCAAAUUAUUUGUUGUUGGCGGAAAUUUUUGGGGGGCGGGCUUUGUUGGCUGGAUGCAGCCAUGAGGACAGGGGGUAAUACAUAGUUAUGCCAUUGAAUGGAAUUGGACCAUAUUUUAUACAGAUUUUUUUUUGCAGUCAGGCUUCACUCCUUUUGAACUCAUUGCAUUUGGGACAUUAUUUUUUUGUAAUGAAAAUUGAUGUUUAUGAAUCGGCUGGGAGAUUAUGGGCGC